AUGCUCUCAAGAGACACAACUGUCAACUACAGCAAUGAUCUGAAGGAUUCAGGAGUGAAGCUGAUCUCUGAUGCUCUCAAGAGACACAACUGUCAACUACACACACUGAGAUUGUCCAUGUGUAAUGUGACUGGUGAGUGUUGUGAGAGUUUGUCUUCAUGUCUACAAUCAUCAACGUCUCUGAGAGAGCUGGACCUGAGUAACAAUGAUCUGAAGGAUUCAGGAGUGAAGCUGAUCUCUGAUGCUCUCAACACUCACAACAAGAGUCAACUACACACACUGAGGUUAUCAGGUUGUAUGGUGACAGAUGAAGGAUGUUGUUAUUUGGCUUCAGCUCUGAGUUCAAACCCGUCACACCUGAGAGAGCUGGAUCUGAGCUACAAUCACCCACAACACUCGCUUCAGCUGCUCUCUGAUAGACUCAAUGAUCCAAACCACACACUCAACAAACUCAAUGUGGAUCAUGGAGGAGAGUUCAGAGUUACAGCAGGACUACAUAAAUAUGUCUGUGAUGUCACACUGGAUCUAAACACAACAAACACUCACCUCAAACUGACUGAAGAGAACAGAAGGAUCACGAAUGUGAAUGAGCGUCAGUCGUAUCCUGGUCAUCCAGACAGAUUUGAAGGUGUUCCUCAGGUGUUGUGUGGAGAGAGUCUGACUGGACGCUGUUACUGGGAGGUUGAAUGGAGUGGAUCAGGUGUUCUUAUAUCAAUAUCAUAUAAAAGCAUCAGGAGGAAAGGAUUGAGUAAAGACAGUAUGUUUGGGUACAAUGUCAAAUCAUGGAGUCUGCACUGCUCAGAUAACAGAAUCACUGCAUGGUUCAAUAAUAAUAAAACAGUCAUCUGUGUGUCUUCACCUCUCUCUAAGAGAGUAGGAGUGUAUGUGGACUGGCCGGCCGGCACUCUGUCCUUCUACAGCGUCUCUGACACACACACACACAUACACACAUUCAACACAACAUUCACUGAACCUCUCUGUGCUGGAUUCACAGUUCUUAAUAACUCUUUAAUUAAUCUGUGUAACACACACAGACACACACGCACAGACACACACAGACACACACACACACACUCUCACACACUUGCAGUCUACACAACAUUCACUGAACCUCUACAUGCUGGAUUUAGACUUCAUGAAUUAUUCUCACCAUUAUUUCUGUGUGACACACGCACGCACUCACGCAAACAAAUCUAGUCUUGUAAACUCUUUCUUACACAAUAUUGAAUGUUGUGAAGUUGUUUUACUCUGAGAUGUUAGUGUUUACGUAAGGGAUAAUGUACAGGCAGCUGGUUGUUAUGGCAGAAAUAAUCCCCAACAGUGUGAUCAGGACAUGAAGUGGAGGGUCUUCUUGUAUCACACUGAAGCGGCUUAUUUUGCGAUAACAGCUGGAAGCUCUUGUCGAGUCUGGUUCCGCCGCAGGCUUCCAGUCCGGUCCCGGCCACGCUACAGGUCCAGCCUGCACCCCAGCCGGUAGUCCAGCUGGCAACCAGUCUGGUCCAGCCCGCAGCCAGUCCGGUCCAGCCAGCAGUCCAGCCGGUGAUCCAGCCGGCACCCAGUCAGAUAAAGCCGGCACCUAGUCCGGUCCAGUCGGUUUUUAGUACUGUUCCGCCCUAUUCGCUCGGACACUACCCUCACCCUAGCUCUCCCAAGCACCUGCCGGUCUCGUCCGGUCCUCCCAAGUCUCCUCCUCCUGUUCCAUCCAUGCCUAGUGUCCCCAAGUUUUGGCCUCCCAUUCCCCCACCCCCUCCCAUGUUUGUUAUUUUUAGUGGCCUACCCGAACCCCAUUUUUGCCUCCUUCAUGUUCCCCCAUAGUUUGCUCUGUGCUUUGUUUAUGGUGUUUGUUUAUUUCUGUUAUGUUUUAUUUCUGUUUUGGCCCGCUGAGAUUUCUCCCAUGGGGCAUCCCUUGAGGCGGGGGUACUGUCAGGGCUUUGCCCUUCCUGUCACGAGUUUUCUAGCUCCCUGGACAGAGUCGUGACAGUACCAUGUCCUUCAGGGUCCUGUUGUGUCUCUUAGCCCCGCCCUCCUUUCUCCCGUAAUCAUGCCCUUAGUGUUAAUUCCCGUCACCUGCCUUUUGUAAUCAUCCUUCGUUAGUUUUCCCCUACUUAAUGUCCCUUUGUUCUCUUCCCUUGCCGGUUUGUUGUCAUUCAGUAUAUGUCGUUUAGAUCAUGUCAAGAUGUUACCCUUGUCUAAGCUCUGUUCCUGUCUUGUUUUUUUUUUUUUUUGAAGAAGAAGAAGUAUAUGUUUUUGACUCCUCAGUCUAUUCCCCAUUGUGGGAAGUCUUUUUUGUUUUUAGUCAACAGUAUCGUUUCCUGUUUUGCCCCUUGUAGGGGUUUUUUUGUGUUUAUAUUUUAAUAAAAUAUUUUUGUA